AUGACUGUAUCAAGUCGCACGGGGAAUAGCGUUGGGUUGGCUUCUUUGCCCGCCUCGAUAGCUUCUCUAGGCGCUACAGAUGCGUCGUUAUUACGAUCCUUUGCUGUGCUUCUUUGUAGCAAGUGUCGAUACUUGGAAUUCCCAGGUUGUGACGUACAUGGCUCACUCUAUACGCAGCAAUUGACCGACAUGGAUGGAAAACUUUACGCCAAGUGUCCAAUGUGUUCAGCAGGUACAAACACUGCUCGACCAUUUCGAGACGGAUGUCGACGUUGCAAAGCGCCCACGACUGUAACAAUGUGGAUCUGUUCACUGCAAGAGAUUCAGCAGACGGUGAAGGCCUUUCCUGUUAUGACUGAGGCUAUUGAACACACAGUUCUUAUCUGUGAACACUGUUUUAGUGCCAUUUUUCCUCGUUCGAGAGAAAGACUGACGCUACGUACAGCAUUGGAGCCAUUGACAACAGCUAGUGGGAAAUAUCUGAAAGUAUCGAACUUUCAACUGAGUAUGCCACAUGUAGAGGGCUGUCUACGACGAGGCAUGCCGUUACAACCCAUAGCUGUGCAGUUGCCAAAGAGUGAACUCAAGUUUCUAGUUGAGAGGAUUGAAAAAUGUCCCUUGGCAAUGAAAGUUAUAGGCAAACCACAGUAUCGAUCGAGAAACGUCGAGAUUGUUACAAAACAAAACCAUUUGCAUCAGGUUGCUAUUCGAUUAUUGUCGACUGUAAUUGGUGCUUUUGACCCAGAUUCAACUGCUGCAGUAGAGCCUCUCCGACAGGUUGUUGCAAUACUGGAGAAGCUAGAGCCUCUUGUUUUAUUUUCCGAAUGGUCGCCUCCUCGUCAGCUUUCACAUGAAAAAGUACUCCCGAACGAAGUUGUCUCAAGUUCCGUGUUUAAUAUCGACCAUGCAGCCUCCAAAGUAUUAGAAAACAACUCGAGCUUUUGGAGGUCGGCUAGCAAGACAGAUGACAACGUUCCACAGUCAAAUGAGUGGAUUGUGUGCCAAUUCAGCACUCCAGUCACACUUUCAUCCAUUGAGCUGAAAUGGCACCCAGACUAUCUACCAGAGCAGUUUUCGCUUGGUAUUUCUAGAUAUAACAUGUCUUACGACACGGUGGCAGUUGUGGUAGUAAGUACCACUGAAAGUCGGAUACUUGUACCAAAGGGAUCGCUGGUGACCUCCAUCAAAUUAACGAUGAUAUCUGUCGAUGCGAGUGGAAAAUCAUUUGGACUUGUUUCAAUCAUAUGUCAUGAAGCGUCAUUUAGCUCGGUACACACUUCAACUGGCUUGGUGCUACGGAAUAUCCAGCGGUGGCUGCACGAUGCAGCUGUUUCUUCUUUGCCUGAAGUCCGAGAUCUCGCGCUACAUGCUCUGCAGAGACUGUCUGUUGCGUCAGGUUCACUUUGUGGUCUUCUGCAGCUAGCGACGUGUCUCAUGCUCAAUAGUCGCGAGCGGGUAGGAUCCACCAUUGCGACUGCUGAUAUGAACAGGAAAAGAUGGAACCAGCUAGAUCUGCUUUCCGAAAACGGGCAGUCAUCUGCGCAACAGUUUGUGCAGGAGCUGGCGGCGUCAAUUCAGCGUAUUGUUGUAGGAGCUCACUCCCGAGUUGACCUUCAAGACAAGCACGUCAUCGAACAGUUGUUCUUGCUGCAAGAAGAAGGAAUGCAUGUUGCAGAAAGUAAAUCGUCGAACGAGAAUGUUGCCUGUAGCAUUGGCUUGUUCACCCUUUUGAUUGGGAGACAAGACGUUUUGGAAUCAAUUAAGCGCAGAUCGCAGUUGGGACUGAUUAUUCUGCACAUGAUAAGUGAGUUAUCAGCGUGGCAAAUGAAGCGAAUGCAGAAGGCUGAAGAAUAUACUGGAAAACAUAAGCUUGAGCUUAUGCAGCUAGAAGAACCUUUCUCGAUGGAAAUCUGUCCCGAGUUAUUUGCCAUUUCACAUCGAUUAUUAAUUAGUGUACUUUCAGGACCUCACCAGCAACGGCAGAAUAAGACCGACAGUUGUACUCAAAAUGGAGACGAAGAAGAUGAUGAUGCUGCAGUGAGUGGGAAUGAUGGCGGGAACGAUAGCGUUGGUGAAAGCUUUCAAGAUCUGUAUAAUGACUUGGCUUUGUCGUUUGGACAUUACCGGGCGGAUGUCGAGAAGCAGGAGGAACGGAGUGAUUCAUUACCGGGACACUCCCAUGGAGGUUACACAGACCACUCAAAGUUUUCACCUGAGGGACUCUGUGUUGCUGUGCUCGAAAUUGUCACGUCAAAUCUCCGGCGCUUGGUUCUCUCCAAAAUUGACCCGAUUGAAAUUGGAAUUACACCAGCUCAAGCUCAUAAUGAAAAUGAUUUAUUGUCAGCGCCUCCAGCGUUGAAUCCCACCGUGUCUUUGCUAGAACAGCUGAUCUCUCUUGGGACUAAGCGUACCGAUGCAUUCUUUCCAGUGUCAUUGAAAGCUGCUGCUGCCAUGGAGGUUGGGACCGAAGCAUUUCACCCGUCAGUUCAUCAACGUACAAAAGUGCUAGCAUCGCGUAUGGGAAAGGGUGCGACCCUGGAAGUGCAAGUACGCUGGCCUGUACAAGAGCGCGACCAAGAAGAUCCGCGCUACGAGAGGCUCAUUUUAAUGCUUCAGCUCGAAUGCAUUAAGCUGGGUAUUCGACAAGCGGUCCGUGGCACCUGGUACUUCUUCAUGCACUUAGUAGUAGAGGUACCAUCAGCUCACGCUACGGAAGAAGUACUCACGCAACACUUUGCUCCCUGCAUUCAACGUGCGGGUUUUUCAUCAUGGCAAGUAACUGCAGGCGCACAGGAACUUUCGAUUAAGCUGCAACGACAUCUUCAUUGGAACCGUGUGGAGAAGAUGUUACAGGACUCUGGAGCAGGCUGGAUUCGUGUGUAUCCUGCGGACGUUGCCUCGUAUGACGAAGUGCUCGCUGAUGUCGAGGGGUUUCUUGCAGAACAUGGGACGUAUGGAUAA